UGUGGGAUACAGAGUGGGAUAUGCAGCAGAGCAAGAUCAGAUGGCAAAUAUACUAAGAAAGUGAGAGACACGUGGAAGAGGAGAGAACAUUGGCUGCCCUCUUUAUUCCACAUCAAACUGGGAAGAAACAUGUUUUUACCUGGACUGGACCAGCAGGCCUUAAUAUUCGUCAGAUUUUGGAGCGCUGUCAUCAAGUUGUUCUAUUUCCAGGGUCCAAAUUAUUACUCCGAGUGUUGCUGAAGUCUUUCUGUUCCUCUGGAUACCAGCCAAACGGUGACUUUGGAGUAUUUAACAACAGGAAAGGUUGAAAUUUCCUCUCAUUUUGUUGUAGAAACAGAUAUUUUCAAAUUAGGCAAAAAGAUGAAGAUCCUCUCUGGUCAUUUACUUUCCUGCCUCAGGAGGAUAGACUGGCUCUACCCUCAGCAGGAGAGGAGAAUAAACACGCAACAGUUUGGCUAAAAGAAGACUCUGGGACAUCUGGGAGAAAAAGGAAAAUUAUUCAUACGUCUAAGAAGAACAGAUGCAGAAAAGGAGUUGACGAUUGAUUAUAGUUUGUGCUGGACUGAGCUGUGCACCUCCGUGAGCCCUGUGGCUGUGUUUCACUGAGGCAUGAGUGUGGGAAGAGCUCACCACCACAGCUUCCUGUCUUGUGAAGACAAAGGACUUCGACUGAGUACCAUGCCUGCCGUGGGCAGCUUUGGAAAUGGCAAGAUCCACACGAGGCGCAAAUGCCACAGCCGGUUCGUCAGCAAGACCGGACAAUGCAACAUCCACUUCUCCAACAUGGACGAGAAGUCCCAAAGGUACAUGUCGGACAUUUUUACGACUUGCGUGGAUGUCCGCUGGCGAUACAUGUUCCUGCUGUUCAGCCUGGUGUUUGUGGUGUCCUGGUUGAUGUUUGGCCUGGCGUUCUGGCUCAUCGGCCUCCUGCAUGGCGACAUGAGCAGUCAGGGGAGUGGUGACAGUUUUGUUCCUUGUGUCUCAAAUGUCAAGACCUUCGUGGCAGCCUUCCUGUUCUCCAUAGAGACCCAGACAACCAUUGGGUACGGAGCCCGCUACGUAACUGAAGAAUGCCCUGCGGCCGUCUUUAUGGUCGUCUUUCAGUCCAUCAUCGGCUGCAUCAUUGACGCCUUUAUGAUCGGCGCUAUCAUGGCCAAGAUGGCGAGGCCUAAGAAGCGUGCAGAGACACUGCUGUUUAGCCACAAUGCGGUAAUCGCCAUGCGAGACGGGAAGCUGUGCCUCAUGUUCAGGGUGGCUAAUCUGAGGAAGAGCCACAUCGUGGAGGCUCAUGUGCGAGCUCAGCUGGUGAAGCCCCGCUACACGGAAGAGGGAGAGUACAUCCCCUUGGAUCAGAUUGACAUGAACGUUGGAUACGACAAAGGCACGGACCGUCUAUUUUUGGUCGCGCCCCUCACCAUCAUCCACGAGAUCGACGAAGAAAGCCCGCUGUUCGGCAUCAGCAAGCAAGACCUCGAAACGUCCGACUUCGAGAUUGUGAUCAUACUGGAAGGGCUGGUGGAGGCCACGGCCAUGACGACACAAGCUCGCAGCUCCUACCUGCCCUCUGAAAUCCUGUGGGGUUACCGCUUUGAGCCGGUCAUCUUUGAGGAGAGGAGCCAGUACCGGAUAGAUUAUGCCUACUUCCACAAAACAUUUGAGGUACCGUCCACGCCCAGGUGCAGCGCCAAGGACAUGGAGGAGAGGAAGUUCCCCACCUCUGGUGCCAACUCCUUCUGCUACGAGAAUGAGCUGGCCUUCAUCAGCAGAGAUGAAGAGGCAGACGAAGGUGACGAGAAAGAGCAGGACAAAAUGUGCUCGUCUGAGUUGACCGCGACUGAUCGUAAUCAGCCAUCCUCCCGACGAGAAUCAGCAAUUUAACUUUUUCCCAAAUGACCAAGACCAAUAAAGUUAAUCCAGCUGACAUGAGGACACAACAGAGGACAUCUCUGCAUCUUUUUAAAGAUGAAAUCUUUCUUCACUGGAAAACCACUUUUCCCUUCUUGAGAUGGUUGUUGAGCUUUAUUAGACUGUUCUGCUUUAACCAUACAGUGCAUGGAAACAACAUGAUCAAGCUUCUUGUACAAAUCCUCUAAUAUGCAAUUUAUGAAGGAGUUUGUAAAUUUGCUUCUGUCAAUAUUAUAAAUCAGACUCUAGAUCUCUUGGUAGCACAAUGACUGCCAACAACUGAGUUUUCUAAUUGAUGGAAAAACUACAACAAACUCAUUGAGACAGUUUUAAAUAUUCAGUUACACAAAGUUGAUGCAGUUUUGUUUUUGAGAAAACUAUUCAUAUCUAUAUUUGCAUAAUUCAGCCAGUAGGACACAUCUGAAGUCUGUUUGUUUGGUUUCUUUUCAGGUUCUAAGAAAAAUAUGAAGGAACUCUGAACACUUCUGUUGAUUUUUGUUGUUCCAGUUCUCAAACUUUGUCAAUUUUCAGCAAACAUAAUGCAUUUUUCCUCAUUAUUUUUAAACAAAUAUACAUUAAUGAACUUUCAUAGCUUAAGUUUCAACUUCUGUAAAUAAUACGGGAGGGGAAAAAAACUAAACAAAACCCAGAAAAAAUUAAGAAAAAAACAAACAAACCAAGAACCCAUAACAUAACAUUGUUAAGAAAUGUCUCUUAAUCCGCUAAUUGUUUGACAGAUUAAACACUAAGCAUCCUGACAAUCUGAGGAUCAUUAGGAAAAUCUGAAUUAAAAAAGUUUUCUUUAUCUUGAUUUGCGGUGAAAAGAUAAUCAGUUUUCAAAUUUCUGCCAAACCAAAUAAUAAUUUAAAAUAAAAUAUGUUUUAUUAAAACAUUAGGAUUAGUUUAGAAACUGUGACCAACUGUGAAAAUAGAAGUUUAUUUUGUAUUUUUUAAGUAGUGUUGCAAGUUGCAUAUACAUAAAUAUAUAUUUUAAAAUAAGAACUAAUAAAUGUAUCUUAUUGCUGCCCAGGUGGCUGAAAUAUACCCUAAUUUCAUAAAAAAAAUCAAAUUAAUUAAUAUCAGACAAUGUGAGCCAUGUUUGAGAGCUGUAGAAAAGAGUCAUGAACAGAAGUUUCAGCACUGAAACUUCAAUCUUUACUUAUUACAUACUUACAUACUUUAAUGCAAGUUUAACAUGAAUGAAAACUGUAUAAAAUGAGGAACUGUUAGARAUACUCACAAAGCUUACAAUCAACUUAUUUUCUCUCAGCACACAGCUUAUUCUGAUAUUAAAAAAGGUCAUAACUCCCAUCAUUUAGCAGAAGUUCUCAUUUAGAAAAACAAACAACAGGAAAAAAGGACCUUUUAAGUAACUUUAAGAGACAAAAACUGCAGAAAAAUAAAUUAACCUCACUGUUUCGCCUUCUACUCUGAGAUCAAAGAAUAGAAACUAAUUUUGGAGGCAAUAUAAAUUUAAAUUACAGUAUUCUAAAGUGAUCCACAGUCAGCAAGUCUAAACUGGGAUCGUGUUUGUGCUGAAGUGCUCAUCGCAGCUUCAGAUCAUGAUCUGUCUGACCUCAUCUGCGUGUCACACACUCCCUUUCCUCUACCAGUCAAUACAUGAAAACCAAAAUCAUACCACAGUCACU